UGUGUUCGUGUAGGUUAUUUCCGCCAUGGCGAAAGAGAGCGAAGAGCAGGACUCGAGCACAAUGGCGGGGCGGCUGAGGACGAGAUCGAGAAAGAAGCCAUCCUAUCGAGAGCAAGAGGCAGCUGACAGCGACGAAAUUGACGAUGACGAUGCCGCCGGGAAUGCAGCCAAUGCUGCAGACGCCGGAGGAGCCAAGCAAAGUGACGAUCAUUGUAGCGUUUGUUCUCUUGGAGGAAAGCUCCUUUGCUGCGAUACUUGCACAGCGGUCUAUCACCUCGAAUGCUUGGAUCCACCGAUGAAGUCUGUUCCAAAGGGAGAUUGGAGCUGCCUCAAAUGCAGAGAGCCUCUUGCGGACUUGGAAAAAAUCUUGGAUUGCCAAAUACGGCCACCAGAGCCAUCAGAGGAUGCUGGAGUCGCCGAAGAAUCCACCAAGCAUUACUUGGUCAAGUGGAAAUCCAAGUCUUACAUGCAUUGCUCCUGGGUGACACAGGCCGCUCUAGACAAAGCAAUAAAGUCUUAUCCAGGAAUACGGCUCAGGUUGAUGAAUUUUAAUCGGCAAUCAGAAUUGAAACUAGAAGAUGAGGAAGAAAAGGUUCCUGUCAAACCGGAAUGGACUACGGUGGAUAGAAUCAUCGACUAUAGGAAGCGUUCUGGUAAAGAUGAAUUUCUGGUGAAAUGGAAAGAGCUUGGGUACGAAGAAUGUACUUGGGAGACCGAGGAUGACAUUGUCGCGUUUCAGGCUGAAAUAAAAAGAUACAAAGCGGCCUCGACUAAUGAAGAAUACCAGGAUGUUGAUCAUGAUAAAAGGCGUCAGAAAGCUUUUACUCCUUAUGACAAAACACCAGAAUUCGUGGUCGGAGGUGUCUUACAUCCUUAUCAGUUGGAAGGGCUCAACUUCUUGCGAUAUGCCUGGCAGCAGGGAAAGCCUGUUAUUUUGGCGGAUGAAAUGGGCUUAGGCAAAACGAUACAGACGAUUUCUUUUCUAACAUCAUUGUUGCACGAGGGUGUUUCAUUACCACAUUUGAUUGUGGCACCACUCUCAACGCUGCGAAACUGGGAGCGUGAGUUUUCAAUUUGGGCACCACAAAUGAGUAUUGUCACGUAUAUAGGAUCUGCCCAAGCACGAGAAAUCAUUAGACAGAAGGAAUUUUUUCUUCCGAAGGAGAGAAAACCUGAAAAAGGAAAGAAGAAUGCUAGCAGGCAACGGCGGGUAAAGUUUAACGUGCUUCUGACAUCUUACGAAAUGGUGAACACUGACAGUGCGGUCUUGAAACCUAUAAAGUGGGAGUGUCUUAUUGUUGAUGAAGGACAUCGACUUAAAAACAAGGACUCCAAACUUUUUCAGACGUUACACAACUAUUCUACUUACAGCCGUGUGUUACUGACUGGAACUCCCUUACAGAACAAUUUAGACGAACUUUUUACAUUGAUGUAUUUUCUGGAUUCUAGCAAGUUUUCUAGCCUAGAAGAAUUUCAACUCGAAUUUAAAGAUAUCAACCAUGAAGAGCAAGUCCAGCGGCUGCAUACCAUGUUAUCAUCACAUUUACUAAGAAGGGUUAAAAAGGAUGUGCUGAAGGAGCUUCCUCCAAAAAAAGAGCUAAUUGUUCGUGUGGAGCUCAGCGCCAUACAAAAAGACUACUAUCGGGCGGUGCUUACUCGCAACUAUGAAGUUUUAUCACGGCAUAGUGGUGUACAAGUGUCACUAAACAACUUGGUCAUGGAGCUUCGGAAGAUUUGUGCGCAUCCAUUUCUCUUAGAUGGAGUCGAAGAAGAAACGGAAGAUGAAGACGCAGUUCAAAAAACGCUAGUUGAGGCGUCUGGCAAACUGCUGCUUCUAGAUAAAAUGACUACAAAGCUAAAAGCCGAAGGACACAGAGUAUUGAUUUAUUCUCAGUUUCAGAGAGUUCUUGAUAUAUUGGAGGAUUGGCUUGCUUACAAGAACUGGAAUUAUGAAAGGAUCGAUGGGAAAGUCUCUGGUGCCGAUCGGCAAAGUCGAAUUGAUAGAUUCAAUGCGCCAGGCUCCAAAAUAUUUUGCUUUCUUCUUUCCACGCGAGCUGGAGGAUUGGGCAUUAACCUGGCUACUGCCGACACCGUGGUGAUAUAUGACAGUGACUGGAAUCCUCAUGCUGACAUGCAGGCUAUGGCUCGGGCACAUCGUAUGGGACAGACCAGCAAGGUGAUGAUUUAUAGGCUUAUUACGAGAGGGACCAUUGAGGAAAGGAUGAUGCAAUUGUCAAAGAAGAAGAUGGUGCUUGAGCAUCUUGUGGUUGGACGCAUGAAGACUCAAAUUCUUAAUCAGGAGGAGUUAGAUGACAUUUUAAGAUAUGGUGCGAAGGAGCUGUUUGCGGACGAAACAGCAGAGGAGGCAAAACUGCGGCAAAUUCACUACGAUGAUUCUGCUAUUGACAGAUUGUUGGACCGGUCACUUUUAGAGGAAACCGAAGAGCUUGACGAGGAUAACAGCUUUUUCAAAGCUUUCAAGGUGGCAAACUUUGAAUACGUAAAUCAAGGGGAUGCGCAGGCAGCGGAAGCCAUUGAGCAAGAAAAGGAGGCAGAAGCGGAUUUAGAAUCUCAAACCAUGGAUCCUUCCGCAAGGACUACAUACUGGGAAAAUCUUUUGAAGAACAAAUACGAAGCUCGAGCUCGGGAGGAACUGGGAAAGGGGAAACGAAGCCGCAAGCAGGUUAACCAUUUUCCUGCGGAGGACGACUUGGCUGGAAUGUCCGAUACUAGCUCCGAAGAAGAAGACGAUAAUAAGCCAGAAGCUGAGGUUAGCAAAGAUGCCGCUAAAAGAACCCCUGGCUCAAGGAAAAAACCACGCGGUAUGCACUUAGACAGAAAAGAUUUUGAUUUCAUAAGCUGUUUGUGUCCGUCAGUGGAAGCUACAGGGCCGCCUCCUCUUAUGGAGGGAGAAGGAAAAUCGAUUCUCAUCCUCGGUUUUAACCGGAAGCAGCGAGCUAUGUUUGUGCAAGUGUUGAUGAGGUUCGGAUUCGGCGAUUUUAGCUGGUCAGAGUUUGCCUCCUGUUUCAAGCAUAAAACUGUUGAUGAGAUCAAAGAAUAUGCUGCACUAUUCUUGAUGCAUGUAACGGAAGAGCAGACAGACAUUCCAACUUUCUCAGACGGCAUUCCGAAAGAAGGCUUGCGCAUACAGGACGUGUUUGUGAGGCUCGCGAUUCUUCAUCUCAUCUGGGAAAAGGUGAAAAAUCUGAACGAGAAUCCUUCCACGUCGCUAUUCCCCAGCGUCGCUUACAAUAAAUACGCGGCCCUGAAAGAGACCAAAGUUUGGAAAGAAGAGCAAGACCGCAAGCUACUGAAAGGCAUUGUCAAGCAUGGAUAUGGAAGGUGGCAGGCAAUUUGCGAAGAUGAAGAGUAUGGACUGCAACCAGUGCUGUUCCAGGAACUCUUUUCGUCCAUUCCGAACUCAAACUCCAGCGCGCCAGCAACGACGGACUUAAACCAGGACGCAGGCGCGGAGGCAAUACCUCUUCAUCCAGAAAACAAGAAUCUCACAGGCGACAAGCAAGAGGAUGCGGCCAAGCCCAGCGAUCCACACUCUGACGAGCACAGGGACGCCAUGGACGCUCAGUUGCAGAGGAAGACGAUGGAGUUUUUCCGGAAGAGGAUCUUGGUACUGGAGAAGGUGCUGAAUGCUGAAUACCACGACGAGCUCCUGGACCAAGAGCAAGGAGCGGCGGAGGGAGACCAGGAGGGCCUGGAAGACGAGACCAAGCUCUACAUCUCUCAGGUCUACUCCGAGAUGACGCUCCUGGUAGCGGACAGUGAAAUCGAUGCAGUCCAAGCGUACGCCGGGAACAAAUCCGCUGGAUCUCGCUUGCGGCGAAGCAUUAGGCAGCUCGAGGGCCUUUGCAUGGAGCUCGAGACUGCGCUCUACCAGAGAUGCGCCACUGGAAGCGAUGAGAAUGAUCCAUCGCCCAGCUAGAAAGCUUUUUCAAAGUAAACAGCAUAUUCUACUACUGGCCAGGGA